CUUUUCUUUGCCUGAUGGUGACAGAUGGAGAGAGAGAGCGCGAGUGCGCGCUCGGAGCUCGAGGUGCAGAAGCUCCUUCGUCAUCAGUGUCGGUGUUGAUUUGCGGCGCAGAGGAGAAACACCAGCGGAAACCAGGGAAGACAGGAGAAGAAGAAGGAGAAGAACUAGAAGAAGGAGAUGGAGAGCGUCUGCCAGCGCGUGCACGAACUCGGCUAUAGCUGACCAGACACCAGACACCCCGCCGCGAACAUGAGCACCGGCGCGCGCGGCGCGUCCUCGUCCUCGUCCCCGUCCCCGGCGGUGGCGUCUCGCGCGGAGGGCGAGGAGAUCGAAGUGCUGGAGAGCGGAGAGACCGAGCACGAGCCCGGAGCUCCUCCUACAGACACACAGUGGAAAUCUCUGUUUGACAAGUAUGACCCAGAGGGUUCAGGAUUCAUCAGCGCUGAACAUUUGCGUGAUCUGCUCGAGACACACGGCUCAGAACUCGACACACACAAGCUGGAGGUUCUGCUGGCGCUUGCCAAUGGAAACGCUGAGGGAAAGAUCCGCUAUCAGGAUUUCAUUAAUCUGAUGAGUAAUAAACGCUCGAACAGUUUCCGGAGAGCGAUCCAGCAGGGAGGGAGGCAGCUGAAGAGCUCUAGUCUGAGGGAGGAGGUGGGACUCGGUCUGCCUCAGAGACUCGUCCGACAUGUGGCCUACGAGACGCUGCCUCGAGAAGUCGACCGCAAGUGGUACUACGACAGCUACACCUACUGUCCUCCACCCUGGCUCUUCAUCACUAUCACCAUCACUGAGAUGGUGGUGUUUGUGUAUUAUGGUCUCCUGCUGGACCGCUGGGUUCUGCAGGUUUCUUCUCCUUUUUUCCUGAAGAGUCCUCUGCCCUACCACCCUCAGCGCAGAGCUCAGGCCUGGCGCUUUCUCAGCUACGUCUUCAUGCAUGCUGGAAUCGAGCACCUUAGUCUGAACAUGGCCAUGCAACUGUUGGUUGGUGUUCCUUUAGAAAUGGUACACGGAGCUUUCAGGAUUGGCCUCAUCUACAUCUGCGGCGUUCUAGCAGGUUCUUUAGUGGUUUCUGUGGUAGAUAUGGCUGCUCCUGUAGUCGGUUCAUCAGGAGGAGUUUAUGCCCUCGUCUCCGCCCACCUGGCCAACAUUGUGAUGAACUGGUCAGGGAUGAAGUGUCAGUUUAAGUUGUUCCGGAUGGCCAUGGCGCUCGUCUGCAUGAGCGUGGAGUUCGGCCGUGCCGUGUGGCUGAGGUUUUACCCCCCCGCUAUGCCCCCGUGCCCCAACCCCAGUUUCUGUGCCCACCUGGGUGGGGUGGCGGUGGGCCUGACGCUGGGCGUGGUCGUGUUGCAGAACUAUGAGCAGCGGCUGCACGAGCAGUUCCUCUUCUGGAUCUUCAUCAGCGUCUAUGGCCUCUUUGUCCUCUUCGGGAUCUUUUGGAACAUCUUUGCUUACAGCCUGCUGGAUGUCAAACUCCCACCUGCACCAUGACCAGCAUGCGUGUGUGUGUGUGUGUGUGUGUGUGUGUGUGUGUGUGUGUGUGUGUGUGUGUGUGUGUGUGUGUUUGUGUGUGUGCGUGUGUAUGUGUUUGUGAAGGUCAUCAUAACCUUUAAUCUUUGGCUGUUUAUGAAUUGAAAACCAAAUGCUAAGUACCUCACUCAGUGUGUGUGUGUGUGUGUAUGUGUGUGUGUGUGUGUUUAGUGCCUAAACUGCAUCAUCAUCAUUGCUGUGUCCCGUCCAAGACCAAGAAAAACACUAAAUGCAGCAGAACAGAAUGUGAAAGCGAAGGAAAAUGGAGAAAUCGAAACACACAGAGGUGAACAGAGGAAUCAAAUCUGAACAUAUUAAAGCAGCAGGAAGGCAAAUCUUGCUAAUGUGGCUAACGGUGAAAUAGUGCUAAGAUUAGCGAUGAUCUGUAGGGACAAAAAUCAAUGAUUUGGGACAAAAUAUAAAUAAGAUCAUUUGGGUCCUUGUCAUGAAUAAAGUCCAGUACGAACCCUGCUUAAUAAUGAUCAAAGGGGCGGAGUGUCUACACAGUUUAGAUGUUAUGGCCACGCCCACUUGUUUCAUGGAUCAAUGUUUAUUAUAUUGAAUAUUAUAUUAUUUAUUAUUAGGUCAUUAGGAUAAAUUUCACAACUAAACUGCGAUGGCGUGCUGCAGAUUUGUGUCACGUUCAAGCAAAGUUUUAGUGUGUAACGUAGCAUGUUGCUGUUUUUUAUAUCUUUAUAUUUUCAUAUUAUUAUUAUUGCAAUCUGAGCUUGUGAAAAGAAAUACUGUUACCAUGGAGAACUGAAAACACAAAACUGUAUCCUCUGAGCUCAGUGUGCAGUGAUGCAGCUACAUUUAGUUACAUGUAAUUAUUCAAAACUACGAUUUUACGACUUCACGCUAAUUUACUACGACGUCGUAAAAUGGCGGAUCUUCAAAUAAAAUUGUUCUGAAAGGUAAAGUGCAUCGUAUGCUGUUUGGCUGCCAGGUUUUUUUUUUCUCGUAAUUGAAAAUGCGAUUUCCAGGCCACACCCACAUGCAAGAAACCAAAAGCAGCAUCGAAUAGAAAUUAUUCUACUAAUAGGUAUAAAUUGUAACGUAAGCUAAUGGUAACGUUUGGGGUAUGAUGUAUAAUGAAAUUUAGAUUUUUUAAAAACUUUAUUAAAAAAAAAACAAUAAGCUCCCGAGAGGGAAAUAUGAGUUGAAUACUACAUUAGUACUCGCGAGCUACGCAAAGUUUUCCAAAUUCUUUUUUUUGGAAAUAAAACCAAACCCAUGAUGUUAUUUGUUUGUAUGUUAUCGUAUUCACAAAUUUAUUAAAUCAUCAGAAUCCAUAUUAUGAUUAGCGUAGUCAGUUCACCAAGCUAACUAGCCUAAAUAUAUUAUCCUUUAUUCACUGUUAGCAACAUUAGCAUGUUCUGCUAUAAUUUGAAAGUGUUAGCAUCUUGGCUAAUUAGCGUACAGCUUGACGCUGUCUGAUUUCCGAUGUUAAAAAAAACGAAACUGUCCUAUGAUCAGAGCUGCUCCGGAUUUCGCUCAGCUUUCCUUCGUUCUCGUAUAAAUAUAAACGUGUGUGUUAGCAGGUGUGUUAGCCUGUGCAACAUGACAAGAAAGAGCGGGAUUUUUUAGCCAGGAAUUCAGACUCGUUUGUUGGACAGACUGAUGCAAGUUUAAAAGAAAUCUGUGCUAUUAAUGCUAAUUAGCAGCAUUACACUGGAUUCACUACGAAAUAUUUCAGUGUAAAAUGUAACCUGGUGUGAAAUUGAGGUGUAUUUAUAAAUGUAGCUGUGUGUCUGACACUGGACUGAUCGAUCUGUGUGUGUGUGUGUGUGUGUGUGUGUGUGUGUGUGUGUGAGUGUGUGUGAUCUAUAGACGGUGCUAGUG